AUGCCCAAGGCACCCAGUGGUCCUGCCACUUUGGGUGCAGUUAACCCAAAAGAAGUUAUAAAUGUCAAGCACGAGAACAAAAAGCUGCAAGUUGCAGCAAAAGUUUCCGCAGUCAUUCCUGACUCCGACUAUGUGAUGACGAGUGAACUUGAAGAUCUGUCUAGUGAUGAAUCUGAGAUCACUGGUGCACUGGGUGCAGACGAUGCUCCAGCGCUAGUCCAAGAGGAGGCAGUUGAAGACUACAUUAUAGACUUCGAAGUUGAGACUGACAAUGUUGUCAAACUUCUUCGACUACCCAUAUCUAUGUCAUGGUGGACAUUCCAGGAUCAGAUUGCCAAGACAAUGGGCUGCCAUGAGACCCGGCUACGCUUGGGCUAUAGGCUCAGCACUGCAAGAGCGGGAGAGAAGGCACACAGCCUUGAGACACCGGACGAGUAUUCCGAAAUGCAACAAGAAAUAGUCUUGGAACGCGAGAAAUGGGUGGUCCUCCAGAAAAAGGCGUCCAAGAUGAAGCCUCCGAAGGCGUUGAAAGUAUUGAUCAAGGACAGGCGAAAUAAGGCUGAAAAAAAGACCAUCACAAAACCAAAAACUGCCUCAAAAACUUCUUGUGCUAAGCUCAAUAAUAGUGCUGAUCCAGACUUGGUCGAGUCCACAUCGGCAAUGUAUAUGCGGCAACUCACAAACAAAUAUGGCAACUGUAAUCAACAUGGAGGGGAAUCCUGUUUUGUCUGGCCUGAUGGGACUCAUCGGCACUUGACCAUUGCAGAGCUCACUUUGUGGGCAAUUUCCAUCGAAUUGCACUGUGCAACCCUCUCAGUUCCUCCUGACUUGCUCAAACUUUCAAGUGAGAAUGAUACUCGUCUGCCCAAACCCAGCAAGUCUAAACAAACACCUGGUGCGACAUCCGGUUAUCCUCCACCACCGAUUCCAGGUGCCAUGUGGCCAUAUCCCACAGGAUUUGUGCCAUUCAAUACCGCCAUGCCUCAGGCAUAUGCAAGUCAUGAUGCAGGUGUAAAUCCCGGUGCAAUUCCAAUCCCGCUAAAUUUACGCUACAUGUCAAUUGAAAGACUCCUUGAAGUGCUUGAUGAAGAAGAACUUCCUUCAAAAUCUCACCUCACGAUGAAGUACAAAGAGCAGUUUGCAUCACACAGCUUUCGCACCAUCUACGAUUUGACUGAUACCGAUUAUCUCAGCCCCAAAGUACUCAGUGAACUCCUUGAGCCUAAACCCCCCUUUGCGACCUGUGUAUGCAUUAUAAGGUCGGUUCUCAUCUAG